AUGCGCGAGUUCAUGAACUACAUUACCAAUGCCUUCUACGGCGCAACGGGUUGGAACGAGGACAACAAGUACAACGAGCUGAAUGCGACAUCCAGAGAUCUCAUCGACUUUCCUCUUCCCCGUGGCUUGCGCCUGACGCUCUCCUCGCUCGCAACACCCCAUUUUGCGACAAGCUACCAACUCGGCAGUGUUGGCGUCGUCGAUGGCUCGAUAUCAUAUCUACAUAGCUCCAUUCCGUUGACCCAUAUCGCCGCCCAGUCCGACAAGAUCCCGCUUCCCGCUCUCCUACGAUGUUACCGCCGUCUACAUGAUCUUCGCUCGCCCGGUCAGCACUACAUGCUCGAUGCCGACCCGCUAUCCGCACAAAGCGCACAAGCACUGCUAGGCGCAGUAUCAGACACCUCUUUGGCCAAUGGUACGCUGGUCGGAGGGAAUACCGGCCAGGAUCCAAGCAAAUAUACACACUCUCUUCUAUACGGCCGCCUGUAUCUGCCCAAGUCGCUGCUCGAGGGUAUGGUCAUCAAGCGCUUUACCCAGGCGCUUCAGGUCCAAGUAAGAGCCGUCAGUGAGCAGUCCCUAAGGAAUGGCGGGACCAUGCUGGGCCUGGUUCAGUAUGACAAGGGCAAAUACGGUCUCGAGGGUCUGUAUUCAACCGACGGUGGUCUGCUGGGUUUCCGCGGUCUUUAUAACUUUGGCGGCGAUGCUUCUUCCUCGAACUAUGAUCCCUGGACAACGGCAGCUGGAGAGAUCAACAAUAAUGCCAAUACCGGAAAUGGCCAAGCAGUCGAGAAGGAGCGCAUCUAUGGUCGCUUCAGUGUCGGCGGAGAGCUCUACUACGGAACCCUCAACAAGUCCGGCGGCAUGUCGCUUGGUGCACGCUUUGCUACCCUGCCAGCACACCGAGGGACACCAUUGACCGCAACCCUGACCAUCAACCCGCUCAUGGGCAACAUCAACGCCACCUAUGCUCUUUUGGCCCGGGAAUACUGCUCGCUCGCAACGCGGGUCGAGUUCAACGUGUACAGUUACGAGAGUGAAUGGGCGGUAGGUAUGGAACUCUGGAGUAAUCGUAGACCAGCCGGCUUCCUGCUCGGCGCGAGCCCUUCCAACGAUCCUGCUGAGCCUGCACCACAACCACCCAAAAAGAAGGAGAGGAGUUUCCAGGCGAAAAUGGAAUGGCGAUUGGAUGAUCCUGAGCCCGAACUUGAGCCUACCACUGCUCCUCCCAAGAGCGAAACAGACAACAAAGAGCAAAAGAACGACGAGUACAAGGGAGUUUUGAAAGCUCGUCUUGACAACAACCUCCGCAUUGGGUUGCUGUGGGAAGGAAGAGCCAAGUCUCUCAUCUUCAGCCUGGGGACGGGGAUCGAUCUGCAUAAACUAGGUGAACCCUUUAGGAGCCUUGGCCUUGAGGUCCAGUACUCUUCUUGA